AUGCUCGGUGCCUUCAGAACGUCCUCGCCGCUCUACGGUGGGCUACUCUGGAAAAUCCCAUGGCGGCUCUCCCCUCCUCGAAAGCGGCGGCAGCGUAAACGCCUUAAGCUCGUUGACCGCGUCGUUUCCACCGUUGCUUCCGCCUUACAGAGGAACAAGAUUACAGAGCCGGAGCAAUUACAGAGAUGGAAAGCGGAGAUGCCGACGCAGGAGGAGAUGAAACCGAAGGAUAAAUAUACGAUUUUUGAUCGGAAGGUUAAGGGGUAUAGGAAGGGUGUGCAUAGUGAGUAUGGCCCUUUCCUGGUUCUUUUAUUGGGGACGGCUGUAAAGACUGGAGACAUAAAGAGUCUUGUGAUUGGGAUGGGAGGGCGAGCAGGUGAAUGGGUGAAGAUUUGGAGCAGAGGCUGA